AUGGCCGAACGAUACAUUCCCGAGCAUCGCCGGACGCAGUUCAAGGCGAAGAGCGCCUUCAAGCCGGAGGAGCUCCGUCGCCGUCGCGAGGAACAGCAGGUCGAAAUUCGCAAGGCAAAGCGCGAGGAGAACUUGGCCAAGCGUCGUGGCAUUGGAACAGGCGCUGACCGUCCCGGUGCGUCGCUCGGUGCUGCCCCCGACAGCGACGAUGAUACCGCGCCCACUGAGUCACAGUUGAACGAGGAUCUCCCACAGAUGGUCGCCGGCGUCUUCUCCGAUCAGAUUGACCAGCAAAUCUCGGCCACCACCAAGUUCAGGAAGCUGCUCAGCAAGGAGCGCAACCCUCCCAUCGAAGAGGUCAUCAAGACGGGCGUCGUGAGUCGUUUCGUCGAGUUCCUCAACUCUCCCCACACCUUGGUCCAAUUCGAGGCUGCAUGGGCCUUGACCAACAUUGCCUCCGGUUCUGCCGCGCAAACCCAGGUCGUCAUCGAGGCCAACGCCGUGCCCAUCUUCGUCGAGCUGCUCGCCAGCCCUGAACCCGAUGUUCGCGAGCAAGCUGUAUGGGCCCUCGGUAACAUUGCUGGCGAUAGCCCGCAUUGCCGCGAUUAUGUUCUCAGCUGUGGCGCUCUGAAGCCGCUGCUCAACCUGCUUGGCGACAGCCGCAAGCUGUCCAUGCUCCGUAACGCAACAUGGACACUCAGCAACUUCUGCCGUGGCAAGACUCCCCAGCCCGACUGGGCCACGAUCGCCCCCGCACUCCCCAUCCUCGCCAAGCUUGUCUACUCUCUCGAUGAUGAGGUGCUCAUCGACGCCUGCUGGGCCGUGUCAUACCUCUCGGACGGCUCCAACGACAAGAUCCAGGCUGUCAUCGAGGCUGGCAUCCCCCGCCGCCUGACAGAGCUCCUGAUGCACGCCUCCACGUCCGUGCAGACUCCUGCGCUCCGAUCUGUCGGCAACAUAGUGACUGGCGACGAUCUUCAAACACAGAUCAUCAUCAACUGCGGUGCCCUGCCCUGCCUCCUCUCCUUGCUGAGCUCGACGAAGGACGGUAUCCGCAAGGAGGCCUGCUGGACCAUUUCCAACAUCACUGCUGGUAAUGCCGGCCAGAUCCAGUCUGUCAUUGAUGCCAACCUGAUCCCUCCUCUGAUCCACCUGCUCCAGAACGGUGACCUCAAGACCCGCAAGGAGGCUUGCUGGGCUAUCAGCAAUGCCACUUCUGGUGGUCUCCAGAAGCCUGAGCAGAUCCGCUACCUUGUAUCCCAGGGCUGCAUCAAGCCAUUGUGCGACCUUCUCGGAUGCCCCGACAACAAGAUCAUCCAGGUUGCCCUCGAUGGGCUGGAGAACAUUCUGAAGAUUGGCGACCUCGACAAGCAAGCGGCCGAGGGCUCUGGCGAGGCAGUCAACCGCUACGCAUUGUUCAUCGAGGACUGUGGUGGCAUGGAGAAGAUCCACGAGUGCCAGAACAACGCCAAUGGCGAGAUCUACCUCAAGGCAUACAAGAUCAUCGAGCAGUACUUCUCGGACGAGGACGAGAAUGUUGAUGAGGGCAUGGCUCAGCCUGAGGGCGCCAAUGGUGCUUUCGGUUUCGGCGGACAACAGCAGCAACAACAGCAGCAGUCUGGCGGCUUCAACUUUGCCAACGGUGGCGAUUCCAUGGACAUGUAG